UGGACGGUGACCACUCCUAAACACUUGGCGGCGUCUCGCGUGUGCGUGUCAAAACAUCGGCAAAAAAUGAAGGCGAAAGUUGUUCCGUUGUUGUUGUUGACUUGGGGGUGUCUCGCGAAUGGCCAAUUUUUAGACAACGAUUACAACCAAGAAGCUGAACGCGGGCUGAUCGAACGGCUCGGCAAGCUGUACGACCGUCCGCGAAAUUCAAACUCGGACUCGGACGAUUUCGGGUCGUUCCUGCGGCACGCACUCCGCGACGACAGAGAGAACCGGCGAAAUGCGAACGAGGAAAUCUGGAAAGGUCGAUGGAUGCCCGAUAGGCCGGACGAUCCUGCUCCGCCUCCGAAAGUCUUUCCGAAGACCGAGCAGUCGUCGCUCGGCCUUGAGACUCUUCACGGAGUGCAGAUGGGCUGGAAGUCCCCAAAUUGCGACGACGCCAAGACAAACUUGACCGUGGACUGGAACGGUUCGCAGGGCGACUACCUGUGCUACCAGCAAAAACUGAUACCGAACAAGGUUGUAUACCCCAUGGAAUACUGCGAGCCUAUUCCUAAGAAUUACGUGGCCCUGCACAAGUGUAUGCAGGAGACGAUAGAAUACCUCGACGAAAUUCCGCUGUAUGGAUCGCACAGACCUCUCUGGCCCGUCUACGGGGAGUACAAUUUCCUGCCGAAGCAAAGAUGGUUGCACAGUCUGGAGCACGGCGCAAUUGCUAUGCUCUAUCAUCCUUGCGCCAAUCCGCUGGAGAUAAAGCGUCUGAAGGGGUUGGUGACCGGGUGUCUGCGCCGUCACGUGAUUACCCCUUACAACAUGCUACCGAUGGAUCGGCCGUUGGCUCUGGUAGCCUGGGGAUGCAGAUUGACCAUGUCGUACACGAACCCUGCAGUGGUAACUAACUUCAUCCAAAAACACGCACUCAAAGGACCGGAAAACAUACCGAGAGACGGAGACUUCGACGAAGGACUCGUUCGAAGGGCCGAGGACGUGUCCGACUUCCUAGACUCGAACUUGUGCCCUAGCAGCGCCAUUGCUUAAGCCUAAUCUUCUUUCGCGUGUUCAGUUAUUUAUUUAUUCGUUCACCGAUGCGUUCGCUUCCUGAAAGACUGCUGUUAUCCGCGCGAACGUAGGAUGAUGACCGACUGGACACGUUCUGCGCGGAUAAUUAAACGCUCCACCUCCGUACGUUUCGUAUAUUAUACUCUUUCUCUUUGUAUCGUUUGCAUACAGUUUUUCUCGAGAAAAAUAAAGAAAGUAUGAAAAA